GGCGAGCCGUGUGUGAUAGGCCAGAAACAGAUCUAUAUGAAACACAGACCAGGAAACUAUUGCAUGCUGGGAAAAGACUACGCCAAAGUCCUCUCUGCUGAGUCGUGUAUCUGUCGGGCCCAUGACUUUGAAUGGUAAUUAUAGUAUAUUAGUAUAAUAACUCACAAUUGCAUUAUAAUAGAACACAUGAACACAUGUUCUAGCACAUCUUUUAUCUUUUAUUUUUUUCUUCUAAUCUAAACAUGACUAGAUAAACAGAAGUUCAGCAUUCAUUCAUCUGUCUCUCUGCUUAGCUCAUUUUGCUAUGUUUAUAAUAACGUAGAGAAGAUAAGAUAAGGGGUGUUGAUAGGACUGCUAGGUUGUUGUUGUUUUUUUUUCUUCUAAAGGCAGGGAAGAGAAAAGCAAUGAUACAUUUUUAUAUCAAUAAUAGCGGUGUCAAGUCAGACUGUAUGAGUUUUAAUUAGAAUCCAUAGUCCUCUGUGAUAGUUUGUGGGAUUAAUGAUAUAUGGGCAUAGAUUGAACACAAAACGACCGACAAGGGAAGAGAGAGCGACAGAGAGAGAGGAGAUAGAGGGAGAGAGGCGAGAGAGAGAGAGACGGAGAGAGAGAGAGAGAGAGCAGAGAGAGAGAGGAGCAGAGAGAGAGAGAGAGAGGGAGCGAUAGAGAUGAGUGGUAUGAGCAGAGAAUAGCGAUACGUCUGAGAGAGGGAGAGGAAGAGAGAGAAGAUCAUUGGCUCUACUGCUCUAACUCCUCUAGCGCUAGAUCGUAGAGCUAGUCUCUAUCUCUCUCUCUCUCUCUCUAUCUCUCUCUCUCUCUCUCUCUCUCUCUCUCUCUCUCUCUCUCCCUCUUGCUCUCUAGCUCAGCAGCUGGUGAUAGAGACAGUGAAAAGCAAAUAUUAAAAAAUCAAUCUCUUUGAGAAACUUCAACGUUCAGAGUGAAUAACAAUAACACUUUUAAUUGACUUUGAAGUGUACACAAACGUCAAGGGCUGAAAUGUUUACUGAUUGCGUAUUUCGUAAGAGGGUGACAAUGCACCGGCCUUUUGUUCUGUUGUGCUGUGAAAAUAAGGUCCAGGCGUUGAUUCCAAAGUGGGACAGUGACUAGACUGAAAUCAGAGGUUACAUACUGAACAAAAAUAUAAACGUGACAUGAAAUGUGACAUAAACGUGACGUGAAUUUCAACGAUUUUACUGACUUACAGUUCAUAUGAGGAAAUAAGUCAAUUGAAAGAAAUUAAUUAGGCCCUAUUCUAUGUAUUUCACAUGACUGGGAAUACAGAUAUGCAAUCUGUUGGUCACAGAUACCUUAAAAAAAAAAAAAUUCACAAUGGGCCUCAGGAUCUUGUCUGUGCAUUUAAAUUGCCGUCGAUAAAAUGCAAUUGUGUUCCUUGUCCGUAGCUUAUGCCUGCCCAUACCAUAACCCCACAGCCACCAUGGGGCGCUCUGUUCACAAUGUUGACAUCAGCAAACCGCUUGCCCACACGAUGCUAUACGCGUGGUCUGCGGUUGUGAGGCCGGUUGGACGUACUGCCAAAUUCUCUAAAACGACGUUGAAGGUGGCUUAUGGUUGAGAAAUUAACAUUCAAUUCUUUGGCAACAGCUCCGGUGGACAUUCCUGAAGUCAGCAUGCCAAUUGCACGCUCCCUCAAAACUUGAGACAUCUGUGGCAUUGUGUUGUGUGACAAAACUGCACAUUUUAGUGGCCUUUUAUUGUCCACAUCACAAGGUGCACAUGUGUAAUUAUCAUUCUGUUUAAUCAGCUUCUUGAUAUGCCACACCUGUCAGGUGGAUGGAUUAUGUUGACAAAGGAGAAAUGCUCACUAACAGGGAUGUAAACAAAUUUGUGCACAACAUUUGAGAGAAAUAAGCUUUUUGUGCAUAUGGAACAUUUUGGGAUCUUUUCAGCUCAUGAAACAUGGGACCAACACUUUACAUGUUGUGUUUAUAUUUUUGUUCAGUGUAUAUACAUUGAUAUAACACUUGAUAUAUUAUAUUAAUAAUAAUUCCCACGGGGGGCCAGUAUGAAAAAAUGUAUGCACUCACUAAAACUGUAAGUCGCUCUGGAUAAGAGCGUCUGCUAAAUGACUAAAAUCUAAAAUCUAAAAUCGAAUAAUAAGUGAGGAGAGAUUAGUAUUAAUGUGUAACCAGAACAUCAUAGGAGUCUGCACGACUAUAAUGUACUAAACUGGACACCAUGUUUUUGUUUGACUUGCAUUACCAAAGCUGUGAUUAUGUGGUGCUGUAAUGUCCUUAACUGGAAACUGUACCCUCAUUGGACUCACUUGGUCCCUUAUAACUAUUAUCCAGACCAACCAUAACAUCAUAACUUCACUUGACAGCCUGUCAAUAAAUUGGGGGGUUCCUAAUCACACUGAAGCCAGACCCGGCCAUAGGGAGUCCUAGAGGGACCUCAGGCUUCGUUGCUUCUUUGUUAGUUCUGGCUAGGUAAUUAAUUGAUUAAUCAAUGACAGCGUCAUUAUUAGAAUGGGCACUUGCCUAACCUGCUUUGCCCGAUGUAAAUCCCUUUGUGAUUGGGAGGUAGCUAACAUCAGCCGGUGGAAGUCAGCCUGUAUUGCCUGUGUUGACAUGGAGUCCCCCAGGGCUCAGUCUUCCUAGCUCUGCUGAUCUGGAGCAUUUGUCAACUGCAGCCCAAUCAAUAUAUAAUAAUGAUGCGUUGCAAUGCAAAACAAUAGCUAUUAUAUGUAUUGUGCUGAGGGGAUAGGAGAGAGAAGCUGUAACAUAUAACACAGUAAUACUGUAUGUCCUUUGGAUCAAAAUCAUAUCAAAUUGUAUUAAUCACAUGCUUCGUAAACAGCAGAUGUAGACUAACAGUGAAAUGAUUACUUACGGGCCCUUUCCAACAAUGCAGAGACAAAAAUGUAGAAAAAUAAUAAUAAAUACAAUGAUUAAUGAUAACUUACAUUGGCUAUUUACAAUGGGUACCAGUACAUUUACAUUUACAUUAACAUUUACGUCAUUUAGCAGACGCUCUUAUCCAGAGCGACUUACAAAUAGGUGCAUUCACCUUAUAGCCAGUGGGAUAACCACUUUACAAUGUUUUUUUUUUUUUUUGGGGGGGGGGGGGGGGUUGGGGGAAAGGGGGGGGGGGGGGGGGGGGGGUAGAGGGAUUACUUUAUCCUAUCCCAGGUAUUCCUUAAAGAGGUGGGGUUUCAAAUGUCUCCGGAAGGUGGUGAGUGACUCCGCUGUCCUGGCGUCGUAAGGGAGCUUGUUCCACCAUUGGGGUGCCAGAGCAGCGAACAGUUUUGACUGGGCUGAGCGGGAACUAUGCUUCCGCAGAGGUAGGGGAGCCAGCAGGCCAGAGGUGGAUGAACGCAGUGCCCUCGUUUGGGUGUAGGGACUGAUCAGAGCCUGAAGGUACGGAGGUGCCGUUCCCCUCACCGCUCCGUAGGCAAGCACCAUGGUCUUGUAGCAGAUGCGAGCUUCAACUGGAAGCCAGUGGAGUGUGCGGAGGAGCGGGGUGACGUGAGAGAACUUGGGAAGGUUGAACACCAGACGGGCUGCGGCAUUCUGGAUGAGUUGUAGGGUUUAAUGGCACAGGCAGGGAGCCCAGCCAACAGCGAGUUGCAGUAAUCCAGACGGGAGAUGACAAGUGCCUGGAUUAGGACCUGUGCCGCUUCCUGUGUAAGGCAGGGUCGUACUCUUCGAAUGUUGUAGAGCAUGAACCUACAGGAUCGGGUCACCGCCUUGAUGUUAGCGGAGAACGACAGGGUGUUGUCCAGGGUCACGCCAAGGCUCUUCGCACUCUGGGAGGAGGACACAACAGAGUUGUCAACCGUGAUGGCGAGAUCAUGGAACGGGCAGUCCUUCCCCGGGAGGAAGAGCAGCUCCGUCUCUCCGAGGUUCAGCUUGAGGUGGUGAUCCGUCAUCCAUACUGAUAUGUCUGCCAGACAUGCAGAGAUGCGAUUCGCCACCUGGUUAUCAGAAGGGGGAAAGGAGAAGAUUAGUUGUGUGUCGUCAGCGUAGCAAUGAUAGGAGAGGCCAUGUGAGGAUAUGACAGAGCCAAGUGACUUGGUGUAUAGCGAGAAUAGGAGAGGGCCUAGAACUGAGCCCUGGGGGACACCAGUGGUGAGAGCACGUGGUGCAGAGACAGCUUCUCGCCACGCCACUUGGUAGGAGCGACCGGUCAGGUAGGACGCAAUCCAAGAGUGAGCCGCGCCGGAGAUGCCCAGCUCGGAGAGGGUGGAGAGGAGGAUCUGAUGGUUCACAGUAUCAAAGGCAGCAGACAGGUCUAGAAGGACAAGAGCAGAGGAGAGAGAGUUAGCUUUAGCAGUGCGGAGAGCCUCUGUGACACAGAGAAGAGCAGUCUCAGUUGAAUGACCAGUCUUGAAACCUGACUGGUUUGGAUCAAGAAGGUCAUUCUGAGAGAGAUAGCAAGAGAGUUGGCUAAAGACGGCACGCUCAAUAGUUUUGGAGAGAAAAGAAAGAAGGGAUACUGGUCUGUAGUUGUUGACAUCAGAGGGAUCGAGUGUUGGUUUUUUGAGAAGGGGUGCAACUCUCGCUCUCUUGAAGACGGAAGGGACAUAGCCAGCGGUCAAGGAUGAGUUGAUCAGCGAGGUGAGGUAAGGGAGAAGGUCACCGGAGAUGGUCUGGAGAAGAGAGGAGGGGACAGGGUCAAGCGGGCAGGUUGUUGGGCGGCCUGCCGUCACAAGUCGCAAGAUUUUAUCUGGAGAGAGAGGGGAGAAAGAAGUCAAAGCAUAGGGUAGGGCAGUGUGAGCAGGACCAGCAGUGUCAUUUGACUUAACAAACGAGGAUCUGAUGUCGUCAGGGGGGGGGAUUCAGCAGGGAGGAGAAUGUGGCAAAUAGCUUCCUAGGGUUAGAGGCGGAUGCUUGGAAUUUAGAGUGGUAGAAAGUGGCCUUAGCAGCAGAAACAGAUGAAGAAAAUGUAGAGAGGAGGGAGUGAAAAGAUGCCAGGUCUGCAGGGAGUCUAGUUUUCUUCCAUUUCCGCUCAGCUGCCCGGAGCUCUGUUCUGUGAGCUCGCAAUGAGUCAUCAAGCCACGGAGCUGGAGGGGAGGACCGGGCCGGCCGGGAGGAUAGGGGACAUAGAGAGUCAAAGGAUGCAGAAAGGGAGGAGAGGAGGGUUGAGGAGGCAGAAUCAGGAUAUUGGAGGGAGAAGGAUUGAGCAGAGGGAAGAGAUGAUAGGAUGGAAGAGAUAUGUGCAGGAUAUGAGGUAAUUGAAGUUGAUAUGUGCAAAUACAGUAGGUAGAGGCAAAGUGUUGAUAUUGAUCACAUUCUGUAUGUGAUUUGUUAUAGUGAUUAUGGCUUUGAACGGCGUAGAGAAGAGAACUGUCUACCAGCGUUCUGGUUCAACCCAGCUGUUGUAUCAAGGAGCUGCAGCCAAGGACAGAACUACCUCAACAGCACACGGUGAGUUGCACAUAGGGACACUAUUUUGUAGCGUUUCUAUGUUGUCUAUUCUAAGUGAAGGCAACCCUUUUGUAUAUUUCUGCUCAAUGAAAAGUCAAAUAUUUUUCUGUGUUUUUAGAAUGUUUUCCAUUUCAUUUUGUAAAGCAUUAUGUUGGUCAUAAUAUGAUAAAAAGCCUGAAUAGGUAUAACACAUUUCAAAAGAGAACUACAAAAACACAUUAAAGCUUACAGUAGCUACAGUAUCUCUCUGUAUAGGUUGGCCAAUGCUUCAUCAUCUUCCCAUCUUCCCACUGUAAUGAAACACUGUCAGGGUGUCACACCCACUGGCACGGCUCCUAGUGUGAAUAGUGAUAUUGGAUAUUUAGGCCUGAGUCAUUCACCAGACAGUAGAUCUAUACUGAGUGACAUAGUGUACUGCUGAGAGCUACAAAGCACUGUCAGGAGUCCUAGGACACAGAUUAGGAUGCCUCAGGAUGGCUGAGGUCUGAGGAGAACGGUACAUCCUUCAUUUAUGCAUUCGCUUCCCCAAGGUUAAAAGUCAAGUUUUGUCUAGGAGUUAGUAAGCAUUUUGGAGUUUUGUCAAUGUGACCGACAACUACUGUACGUCUUGUGUCAAACAUUAACUUUCAGUGUUAAACGUAAUGUUUUGUUUAGUAGUUACUAAGCAUUUUUUAAUUUAGUCAAAGAAUAGCAAGUCUUGUUCACUAGCUCUGUCACUUCCACAAUCACUUUGAGGUAAAAAAUUUAAAAUAUACGAUUUCUUGUCAGCUUCAUUGAUGAACGUGACCAAUACCUUAGCCUUGUUAACAAGUAGCGUCAUGAAGCCAUAACCUCAGUAAACCACACUAAACAUGUCCUAACUCAUUCAUAUGGAAUCUUCCUAAGGUACCGAAAAGUGGUGUCCAACAACUGCAUCAAGGGAGUCAAGGACAUGUACACACCCAGGAAGCAGAUGUGUCCCAAAAGGGCUCCAAAAGGCCUUUCUCUCUCCACCAGAGAGGGCAAGCUUACCGCCGACCUGUACACCAACGUCACAUUCCUGGUGCAUCUAGAUGAGGUAGGGCUUGGCCAAAAGCCAAAAUGGCCUCCUUUUUGUAUAUCAUUGUUCUGGGCCUUGGAGCCCAAAUGGACGCCGUUGUAUACAUUACUGUUAUGAGUUGCAUUGAUUUUUACCUUAAGCCAUGGAAUGAAAAAUCAAUGUGUUUUGUAUUGUUAUGCAUGGUUGUAAAAGUAGUACUAGCAUGUGGUGCACAACUCACUCAAUGUAGACCUAUGUUACUGAGUGAAAUAUUGAUGUGUUUCCCAUAUGUUCAACAUGGAUGUUUCUCCAGGCAUACGCCUGAAAUUAUUUCCCUGUUAUGUCAUCCCAUAUACACCAACUGCUGAAAGUUUAGUAGUAACUUGUAACAUAACAUCACCCACACACAGCUACAGGCACUGAGCCCCAAGCCCGGAGACAGAGUAAGAGCUAAAGACCUUGGAGAGUGAUGCACCCUGGAGACCCUGUUAUAGAGUGAUAGACGCAGAGUAGCCUCCUUCCAGGGCCAGGGCCUUACCUUGCUCCCCUUACUCCGUAGACACUUUUAAACCACAUCACAUUACAUUCAGGUGGAAUAAGUGUGGUAGCGCUCUGCUCUGUACGGUUGUGCUUUCCACCUGCACUGCUGCUGAGAAGUAAGUGUCUCUUCCACGAGGUCUCUCCCGGGACAAGCUGUCAUAUUACAGUGUGAUGAGUUGAGGAGACUAAUGGAGGUGAAGAAUCCUCAUGGCGUUGGGUCUUAUGCAUUUGGAAAAUCCUUCGCUCCCGUUGAAUUCAGACUUUAAUUUAUAUUCAUGAAGCCCAAGAUGGCAGUAUUUCUUGGGGAGAGCAAAUGGGCCUAAAUAUUUAAUGUGUUCAUGUCACGGAUUCAGCCGAGGCUGCUCCUCCUCCUUGCUCGGGCAGGCUUCGGCGUUCGUCGUCACCGGAGUACUAGCUGCUACCGAUCCAUGUUUCUGUGUUAGACUUGUUAUGUCUUGAUUAUGUACACCUGUUUCCCAUUAUGUUGUAUUGUCUUCCCUAUUUAACCCUCUGCCGUACACUGUGUGUUGUGUGUGAUUGUAUUCGUGAUCGGUUAUUUCCUCCCUUUGUGGAGAUUGUAUAUGCUCAGUUUACUUUCAAGUAAAGUACGUUUCGGAUAAGCUCUGUGUCCUGCGUUUGACUUCGCCCACCGCAAUUCACUGAUGCCUUUGACAGUUCAGAAAAUCAAAAAAAAGGAGAGAGAGAGGUGGAAGAAAGUUUGAUGUUUUGACAGAGGGAUAGGAUCUGUACUGUCACACGUCAACAUUUCAUUAUCACAAAGUGACCUUAUAGCAUGUCAUGUGUACACCAACCAGAUUUACUGUAUAUUAGCUACCUUACAGCAUGUAAUGUGUACACCAACCAGAUUUACUGUACAUUAGCUACCUUAUAGCAUGUCAUGUGUACACCAACCAGAACCAAUGGAAGUUCUGAAAAAUGCAAAUCCGUCCAUCUAGCUCUCCAGGCAGGCUCAAUCAAAUGCUCAAAGCAUUUGAAAGAAAGCAAAAAUUAUUUGAACCCAGGUAUGACACACCGUCAGCAUGACAGCACUGACAUCACACCGUUUACAACAUCCUUAGUGUGUUGACAUUCACCUGAACAUGAAUACAUUACACAGUCCUACUGUGCCUGGAUCUGAACUAACAAAACACCUUAUUGUCAACCAGCACUGCUGUCCAGACCCUAUUAUGCGUUUCGGAUUUGUUGGCCCUCUGAGUCACACACGGACCCAUGGACACAAAGCUUGACAUUUAGCCAGCAUGUCAGCAUCAGUCUCAUGCAGAUUAGCUAGUGAUCCCAGGACACCUCGAUAGAGAACUAGAAAUGUCCAGAGAGUGUCAACAACGGACACCAACAAAAGCCGGAAUGACAUCUACGCCACCGUAGACCUAAGUGCCAUUCCGAGUGCCAUUUUGGCAAAGGAUUGUGGGCCAUUACAGUUCCACACAAUAGCCGCCACUGUUAUCCCUUUUCUUCCAUUCUAAUCUACCAUUCUUUAUUCUGCUUAUUCAUAGUUUAUCAUUUUCUGGGUACAAUGGCGUGAAAUAUACCCCCAGAGCCUUCCUCCACAGCAAACCCUCCCGUGUUUUUCACACUCUGCUGCGCUUGAAAAGGAGAGAGAGAGAGAGAGAGAGAGAGAGAGAGAGAGAGAGAGAGAGAGAGAGAGAGAGAGAGAGAGAGAGGGGUUGGUGCCUCUCCUUGUUUGGGUGGCGUUUGUUUUUCCAUUUGUUUUGUCUUGAUUGUACACACCUGGUUCCCAUUACAUUAUAUUAUUUCCCUAUUUAACCCUCUGGUUCCCACAUGGUUUUGUGCGUGUUUGUUCUUUGUUUUGUGUGUGUGUGUGUUGGCUGUUGAUCCUAGGGAAGUGCCAGAUGUAACCCCCCUGAGUAGACCUGCUGCAGAUACUGUAGUGGCAGAGCACUCAUACACAAACACACACAGAGAGAGAGAGAGACACACACACCUCAUUAGCAGUAACAGGCAAACACGCUGCUCUCACGGUGGUGCAGAAUAUGAUGCAUCCCAAAUGCUUCGGCUGGUUCUGACUGCUUUUGUCUGUGUGUGAAUGUAACCCAGCAGUCUGUUGACUAGUGUACCUGCCACCCUACUGUCUCUUGAUUACUACACUGCCUCCACCUCCCUGUGGUUCUCUCUCUCCAUCACACACAUAUACACACGCACACACAACACGUACGUGCACAUAAACACACACACACACACACCACAGGAGCCAGACACUCCCAGUGGUGUUAUGUAACAUGUCAGACUCAGGAUGCACGCUAAUGUAGAUGUGUCACAACACCAGCUCUUGGACUUUUGACAAAAACAAAGAAUGAUGCCCUGCCUGUGUCCAUGCAUGCUGAGUGCUGAUUACUGAGUGGUACUGUGGUUUUGGGGCAUUGUAUUGAACCCCAUUUCAACAAAAAUAUGUAUUUAAGUCUAGAAUAAACACAAGUACAAUCAUCUGGCUGGGCUCUCAAAUACAAUAUAAUUGUGUGUUUUUAAAUAAUAAUGAUGUUUGGGACUCUUUCUUUCUUUCUGUCUUUCUUUCUUUCUUCAUCUGUAGUCCUUACUUGAGACUUUACUUGCUUUCCAGGGUGACUCAAUGAGAACCAACAUCCAACUGGAUUUCGGAGAUGGGAUGGCAGUCUCCUACUCCAACCUGAGCUGGAUCGAAGAGGGGAUCAGACACGUUUACAAGACGGCUGGGAUAUUCCGUGUCUCGGCCUUGGAGGAGAACACCCUGGGAUUUUAUACCACCACCUUGUACCUCCAUGCUACAUGUACGUCACCUCUAUACAUUCAGCUAUUGUGUCAGGGCUAUUCAAUUCCAACCAUCGAGGACUUAUGUACUUCUGGUUUUCGUUUGUACUGCACCUGUUAGAGAAUUGGUCAGUUACUGUGACGUCGGCCAUUGAUUGGCCAGAGUAGGCGCUCACCUGGUGACCCAGGUCUGAAUCAGUCCCUGAUUGGAGGGAAAGGAUGGAAAACAACAGUGAUGUGGUUCUCAAGGAUCAUAAUUGAAUAUAUCUGCCUCAUAUUUCUCUGUAAAUAACCACCUUACUAAGUAUACCGCAGUGUACAAUGGAGCCAGUUAUAGGCAAAGUACCAGAAUGCUUUGCACAUAGUACAGCACAUUGAUGCUGUCUUGCUCUUUUCAUCUUGUAAUGAACAAGCCAAAUUUCAAGUAAAUAAUAGUGACAAAUAUAACAUGCUUAUGUCUAAAAGGCAUCAAGAAUUAUCCAGCUCUUUGCAGUGCAGUGUUUGAAUUGCCCCCUCAUCUCUUGAUUUGAUCGAGAGACGAGGGGGUUUGAACAAGAGACGUGAAGGUGUGUCAAGGCCAGGCGUAGGUGUGGUGUGGAAUCAAUUGCAGGAUGCAGAUGCAAGUCCAAAAACACUAUAAUAAAGUCCACAGAAACAACGGCUAUAAACAGAGCCGGUUGAACAAGGGAAAAAUAAACGCACUCAGCGUAAAAGUACAACAAACGCACAACGUGCGGACUCUCUAAGAACAUAGAGCACAAACUGACUGGCAACACCUGCUGACAUAGAACAACUACACACAACCACAAGACAGAAACAACGAGAACUUAAAGGACACAUAAUCAAGACGAAAUGAGCAACAGGUGUAACAAAUCAGACCAAACCAAACACACACAGACACAACGAACGGUGGCAGCUAGUACUCCGGGGACGACGACCGCCGAAGCCUGCCCGAACAAGGAGAAGGAGCAGCCUCGGCCGAAACCGUGACAGUACCCCCCCCUUGACGCGCGGCUCCAGCCGUGCGCCGACCCCGGCCUCGGGGACGACCAGGAGGACGCGGAGCAGGGCGCGUGGGAUGACCACGAUGGAACUCAGUCAGAAGAGACGGGUCUAAGAUAUCUCUCCUCGGCACCCAGCACCACUCCUCCGGACCGUACCCCUCCCACUCCACAAGAUAUUGGAGACCCCCCAUCCGGCGUCUCGAAUCCAGGAUGGACCGAACUGUGUACGCCGGAGCCCCCUCGAUGUCCAGCGGGGGCGGAGGAGUCUCUGCUAUCUCACACUCCUGGAGUGGACCAGCUACCACCGGCCUGAGGAGAGACACAUGGAACAAGGGGUUAAUAUUCUUAUACUCAAUAGGAAGUUGUAAUCUGUAACACACCUCGUUCAACCUCCUCAGGACUUUAAAAGGCCCCACAAACCGCCGACCCAGCUUCCGGCAGGGCAGGCGGAGGGGCAGGUUUCUGGUCGAGAGCCAGACUCGAUCUCCCGGUGCGUACACCGGUCCCUCACUGCGGUGGAGAUCGGCGCUCGCCUUGUGUCAACGGGUGGCCCGCUGCAGAUGUACGUGAGUAGCGUUCCACGUCUCCUCCGAGCGCCGCACCCACUCAUCCACCGCAGGGGCCUCGAUCUGGCUCUCAUGCCAAGGUGCCAGAACCGGCUGGUACCCUAACACACACUGGAAAGGGGUUAGUUUAGUGGAGGAGUGGCGGAGAGAGUUCUGUGCCAUCUCGGCCCAGGGAACAUAUCUCGCCCACUCCUCCGGCCGGCCCUGGCAAUACGACCUCAGAAACCUACCCACAUCCUGGUUUACUCGUUCAACCUGCCCAUUGCUCUCCGGGUGGUACCCCGAGGUAAGGCUCACCGAGACCCCCAAGCGCUCCAUGAACGCUCUCCAGACUCGAGAGGUAAACUGGGGGCCUCGAUCAGACACUAUAUCCUCGGGUACCCCGUAAUGCCGGAAGACGUGAGUGAAUAGUGUCUCAGCGGUCUGUAGGGCAGUGGGAAGACCCGGCAUGGGAAGGAGACGACAGACCUUCGAGAACCGAUUCACAACGACCAGGAUGGUGGUAUUUCCCUGGGAGAGGGGAAGAUCAGUAACGAAAUCCACCGAGAGGUGAGACCAGGGUCGUUGUGGAACGGGCAGGGGUUGUAACUUACCCCUGGGCAAAUGUCUGGGUGCCUUACACUGGGCACAUACCGAACAGGAGGAAACAUAAACCCUCACAUCCCUGGCUAACGUUGGCCACCAGUACUUAGUGCUAAGGCAGUGCACCGUCCGGCCAAUCCCUGGAUGUCCAGAGGAGGGUGACGUGUGAGCCCAAUAUAUAAGUCGAUCCCGAACCUCGAACGGCACGUACGUCCGACCCACAGGACACUGUGGAGGGCUAGGAUCGGUACGCAACGCCCGCUCGAUUUCGGAAUCGACCUCCCACACCACCGGUGCCACCAGGCAAGACGGCGGGAGUAUGGGCGUGGGCUCAACGGACCUCUCCUCCGUGUCAUACCGCCGGGACAGAACAUCUGCCUUACCAUUCUGGGACCCAGGGAUGUACGUGAUCUUAAAAACGAACCGGGCCAGAAACAUAUUCCACCUAGCCUGGCGAGGGUUCAGUCUCCUAGCUGCCUGGAUGUACUCCAGGUUUCGGUGUUCUGUCAAAAUGAGGAAAGGGUGUUGAGCCCCCUCUAGCCAAUGCCUCCACACCUUUAGGGCCUGGACCACGGCUAGCAGCUCCCUGUCCCCCACGUCAUAAUUUCGCUCCGCCGGACUGAGCUUUUUAGAGUAAAAAGCACAGGGGCAGAGUUUCAGGGGCGUGCCAGAUCGUUGCGAGAGCACGGCCCCUAUACCGGCUUCAGACGCGUCUACCUCGACCUGGAAUGGGAGUGCGGGAUCCGGAUGCGCCAACACCGGCGCCGAGGUAAACAGGUCCUUCAGUCUCCCAAAAGCCCUAUCCGCCUCAGCAGACCACUGCAAGCGCACCGGACCUCCCUUUAGUAGAGACGUUAUGGGAGCUGCCACCUGUCCAAAACCCCGGAUAAACCUCCUGUAGUAAUUCGCAAAACCCAAGAACCGCUGCACCUCUUUAACAGUAGUUGGAGUUUGCCAAUUACGCACGGCCGACACACGGUCAACCUCCAUCUUAACCCCUGACGCAGACAACUGAUAACCCAAAAGGAGACAGACUCCUGGAAAAACAGACAUUUCUCUGCCUUGACAUACAGAUCAUGCUCCAACAAUCUCCUCAAUACUUGGCGCACCAGGGCUACAUGCUCGGCUCGGGUAGAAGAAUAUACUAGAAUGUCGUCAAUGUACACGACCACUCCCUGCCCCUGCAUAUCCCGGAAGAUCUCAUCAACGAAGGAUUGGAAGACUGAAGGAGCAUUCAUUAACCCGUAUGGCAUGACGAGAUACUCGUAAUGACCCGAGGUGGUACUAAAUGCAGUCUUCCAUUCGUCUCCCUCCCUAAUACGCACCAAGUUGUAUGCGCUCCUGAGAUCCAAUUUUGUGAAGAAACGCGCCCCGUGUAAAGACUCCGUCAUAGUCGCAAUCAGAGGGAGUGGAUAACUGUAUUUCACAGUAAUCUGAUUGAGACUGCGGUAAUCAAUACACGGGCGCAAACCUCCAUCCUUUUUCUUCACAAAAAAGAAACUCGAGGACGCAGGGGAAGUGGAGGGCCGUAUGUAUCCCUGUCUCAGAGACUCGGCUAUGUAAGUCUCCAUAGCUCUCUUCUCCUCUUGAGACAGAGGAUACACAUGGCUCCGCGGAAGCGCAGCUCCUACCUGGAGGUCUAUCGCACAAUCCCCCUGUCUAUGUGGUGGCAAUUGCGUCGCCUUCGCUUUACUAAACACAAUUGCUAAAUCAUCAUACUCGGGGGGAAUGUGCAAUGCCAGCAGUUGGUUUGGACUUUCCACCGAGGUCGCCCCUACGGAAACGCCCAGACAUCGCCCUACACACUGGACAGACCACUCCUUGAGAGCCCUCUGUUGCCACGAAAUAGAGGGAUUAUGAGUAAUCAACCAGGGAAGCCCCAGCACCACCGGAUACGCAGGAGAGUCUAUAAGAUAUAGCUGAAUAGUCUCCUCAUGACCCUCCUGCGUCCCCAUCCUAAGUGGAGCUGUGACCUCCCUAAUCAACCCCGAUCCCAACGGACGGCUAUCUAAAGCAUGUACAGGGAAGGGACUACUGACUGGAAGGAGGGGAAUCCCUAACUCAGCACAAAAUCGCCGAUCUAUAAAAUUCCCAGCUGCGCCUGAAUCUACUAGCGCCUUAUGCUGGGAAUGAGGUGCAACCUGUGGGAAGCAAACAGGUAUGGUUAGGUGAUCAACAGAGAGCUCUGGGUAAGUGGGGCGCCUACUCACCUGGAGGGACUCCCCAGAGCGUGGCCUGCCGUCUCUCCCCCUAGGAGACCCCCCCCAGCACCUGGCCGCAGUGUGUCCUCCACGGCCACAGUAGGUACAGGGGUUGGUUCCCCUGGGGCUCCUUCUCCUCUCCUCUCUAGCGCCAGCACCCCCGAGCUCCAUAGGACUAGGCUCGGAGGUGCUGGAGGGUGGAAUGGACGACCCCCACUCAGGACGUCCGCGGGUGGCCAACAGGGUGUCGAGGCGAAUGGCCAUGUCAACUAACUGGUCAAACGUGAGGGUGGUGUCCCUGCAGGCCAACUCACGACGGACGUCCUCCCGUAGGCUGCAGCGGAAGUGGUCUAUGAGGGCCCGCUCAUUCCACCCUGCGUCUGCCGCUAGAGUCCGGAACUCCAGUGCAAAAUCCUGUGCGCUCCUCUUCCCCUGUCGGAGGUAGAAUAGACGUUCUCCCGCCGCCUUCCCCUCAGGUGGAUGGUGGAAUACAGCCCUGAAGCGACGGGAGAACUCCGCAUAGGUGAUCGUCGCGGGGUCUAUUCUCCUCCAUUCGGCGUUGGCCCACUCCAACGCCUUGCCGGUGAGACAGGAGAUGAGGGCGGAAACGCUCUCGUGUCCCGAGGGCACCGGGUGUACGGUGGCGAGGUAGAGUUCUACUUGUAGGAGGAAACCUUGACACCCGGCAGCGGUACCAUCAUACGCCCUCGGGAGCGAGAGCCGAAUCCCACUGGGUUCCGGAGCGUGGACUAAGGGACUUACCGGUGCUGGUGGUACUGUGGGAGGAGGUGUGGGUGCCCAACUGGUCUCCAGGCGAUGCAGGGUAUUCAUUACUCCUUGUAAUGCGUUGGUGAUCUGGGCUAUCCUGUCAUCCUGUCCGCGGACGCGCUCCUCCCAUGACUCGGUCGCUGCUGCUGCUCCUGCUGAUUCCAUGAUUGGUGUGUAGUUCUGUCAAGGCCGGGCGUAGGUGUGGUGUGGAAUCAAUUGCAGGAUGCAGAUGCAAGUCCAAAAACACUAUAAUAAAGUCCACAGAAACAACGGCUAUAAACAGAGCCGGUUGAACAAGGGAAAAAUAAACGCACUCAGCGUAAAAGUACAACAAACGCACAACGUGCGGACUCUCUAAGAACAUAGAGCACAAACUGACUGGCAACACCUGCUGACAUAGAACAACUACACACAACCACAAGACAGAAACAACGAGAACUUUAAGGACACAUAAUCAAGACGAAAUGAGCAACAGGUGUAACAAAUCAGACCAAACCAAACACAUACAGACACAACGAACGGUGGCAGCUAGUACUCCGGGGACGACGACCGCCGAAGCCUGCCCGAACAAGGAGAAGGAGCAGCCUCAGCCGAAACCGUGACAAGGUGCCAUUAAAAUGUUGUUUCUGGUCGCCACGAUACUUUCAAUCAGUGUACUUUGAUAUUUUUGAUGGCAUUGAUUCUGCUGGUGUUUUUUUCUCCAUGGUUUGGUACAUUUUUAGGUAAUUUACACAGAGAGCGUGCAUGCGAUGCUUUUAGCGAUGUGCCAAGCACGAAGCUGCCACAGAUUUCCAACUGGAAUAUUUUUAACACCAAACACAGUUUAGGGAGACUGUCCAAAUGACUCACGCGCCCGCACACACACACUCAACACACACGCACAUACACAUCCACAUAGACACAGGCUUAAAAGGGACACACACACAGAUACACAGGCUUUCUCUCUCUGUCACACACAUCACACACACACAAACACACACACACAUUCACACACACCCACACACACACAGACACACAUACACUGCAUGCGUUUGAAAGCUAGGAUAAGGAUAAAGAUUAGUCUCAGUUAAAGAGGAUAAGAGUUAACAGAAGCCCAGGCGGAGACGUACACGCUAGAGCGCAGAGUCAAAACAGAGUUUUACUGUUAAAAUACUGUGUUAUAUCUCUCCGCUAUAGGAAACUUCACCGCUUAGAUGACGGUAAUGCCACGUUCCCCACGUCAGCUUCCAUUACGGUCUCAGCAUGGCAGACCACAGUAUUACUCACAAGGUAUCACGACAAAAACAUACUGGCAAGCGCAGUGUGAGGGAUCUUCUUGUCUCUAAUUCUUAGUUUAAGAAGGUUUCUAUUUCUUUUUUCCCAUGCCCCUGUAAAACUAAUAUUUCGAUGUGCGAGUGCUUUUCAUAUUAUAAAGUAGGUAGCCUGAAACAAUAUCCAUGUAAUUACAAUCAUAUACUGAGUCUGAAUCAUUCAAUACUGAGUCUGAAUCAUCCAGUACUGGGUCUGAAUCAUCCAAUACUGAGUCUGAAUCAUCCCAUAUGGAGUCUGAAUCAUCCAAUACGGAGUCUGAAUCAUCCAAUACUGAGUCUGAAUCAUCCAAUACUGAGUCUGAAUCAUCCAAUACUGAGUCUGAAUCAUCCAAUACUGAGUCUGAAUCAUCCAAUACUGAGUCUGAAUCAUCCAAUACUGAGUCUAAAUCAUCCAAAGCUGAGUCUGAAUCAUCCUCUGUGUUUGUAUCAGGUGCUGUGGAACAUAUCCAGCUGCUGGCUCAAUUUGUGGCCAUCAAGAACAAGGAAGUACACCUAACAGCAGUGGUCUGGCCAAUACACUCCAGGACUCUCAGCUACUUCUGGUGGCUUGGGAACAGCACUGAGGUAAACUGGACUUAAAACACUUGGUGUACAGAGAAGAGGGCCUAGAACCGAGCCCUGUGGGACUCCAGUAGUGAGACCACAUUGAGCAGACACAGAUCCUCUUCUGAUGUUGUGUAUAGUAUACAAUAUACUGUACAACAUUAGUAGAGGUAAACUGACACUAUUCAAAAUGGGUCUUACCCUAUAAUGCCAUGUACUGUACAUGUACUGCAGUGGUGGCUGGUGUCAUUUUAACUAAAUCGGAGGACGGGAUUAUUGUAAUGGCUGGAACGGAAUAAAUGGAACAGCAUUUAACACAUCAAAGACAUGGUUUCCAUUCCAGUUCCAUUCCACUUCAGCCAUUACUACAGUGAGGGAAAAAAGUAUUUGAUCCCCUGCUGAUUUUGUAAGUUUGCCCACUGACAAAGAAAUGAUCAGUCUAUAAUUUUAAUGGUAGGUUUAUUUGAACGUGAGAGAUAGAAUAACAACAAAACCAUCCAGAAAAACACAUGUCAAAAAUGUUAUGAAUUGAUUUGCAUUUUAAUGAGGGAAAUAAGUAUUUGACCCCCUCUCAAUCAGAAAGAUUUCUGGCUCCCAGGUGUCUUUUAUACAGGUAACGAGCUGAGAUUAGGAGCACACUCUUAAAGGGAGUGCUCCUAAUCUCAGUUUGUUACCUGUAUAAAAGACACCUGUCCACAGAAGCAAUCAAUCAAUCAGAUUCCAAAUUCUCCACCAUGGCCAAGACCAAAGAGCUCUCCAAGGAUGUCAGGGACAAUAUUGUAGACCUACACAAGGCUGGAAUGGGCUACAAGACCAUCGCCAAGCAGCUUGGUGAGAAGGUGACAACCGUUGGUGCGAUUCUUCAAAUGGAAGAAACAAAAAAUAACUGUCAAUCUCCCUCGGCCUGGGGCUCCAUGCAAGAUCUCACCUCGUGGAGUUGCAAUGAUCAUGACAACGGUGAGGAAUCAGCCCAGAACUACACGGGAGGAUCUUGUCAAUGACCUCAAGGCAGCUGGGACCAUAGUCACCAAGAAAACAAUUGGUAACAAACUACGCCGUGAAGGACUGAAAUCCUGCAGCGCCCGCAAGGUCCCCCUGCUCAAGAAAGGACAUAUACAGGCCCAUCUGAAGUUUGCCAAUGAACAUCUGAAUGAUUCAGAGGAGAACUGGGUGAAAGUGUUGUGGUCAGAUGAGACCAAAAUGGAGCUCUUUCGCAUCAACUCAACUCGCCGUGUUUGGAGGAGGAGGAAUGCUGCCUAUGACCCCAAGAACACCAUCCCCACCAUCAAACAUGAGGUGGAAAUGUUGUGCUUUGGGGGUGUUUUUCUGCUAAGGGGACAGGACAACUUCACCACAUCAAAGGGACGAUGAACCGUCAAAUCUUGGGUGAGAACCUCCUUCCCUCAGCCAAGGCAUUGAAAAUGGGUCGUGGAUGGGUAUUCCAGCAUGACAAUGACCCAAAACACACGGCCAAGGCAACAAAGGAGUUGCUCAAGAAGAAGCACAUUAAGGUCCUGUGACAAUCUGUGGAGGGAGCUGAAGGUUCGAGUUGCCAAAUGUAGCCUCGAAACCUUAAUGACUUGGAGAAGAUCUGCAAAGAGGAGUGGGACAAAAUCCCUCCUGAGAUGUGUGCAAACCUGGUGGCCAACUACAAGAAACGUCUGACCUCUGUGAUUGCCAACAAGGGUUUUGACACCAAGUACUAAGUCAUGUUUUGCAGAGGGGUCAAAUACUUAUUUCCCUCAUUAAAAUGCAAAUCAAUUUAUAACAUUUUUGACAUGCGUUUUUCUGGAUUGUUUUGUUGUUAUUCUGUCUCUUACUGUUCAAAUAAACCUACCAUUAAAAUUAUAGACUGAUCAUGUCUUUGUCAGUGGGCAAACGUACAAAAUCAGCAGGGGAUCAAAUACUUUUUUCCCUGAGCCAUCCUCCCUUCAGUAGACUCCACUGAUGUUAUAUGAGGUAUACAUGAUGUCUAUGGUAUUAGGUACAUUGACCUCUUCUAUGAUCAAAGGUGGCUAUGAUAGAGGCGGAGCAGUUUCUGAUCUUGUAUUUUGUUCAGACGUCUUGUUAGUAUGUCAUAAGUUAUUACCUUAGCUGCAUUGUUUCUAGGUCUUUUGGGGAGGAUGAUUUUUGUAGGCUUUUACUCAAGUCAGAAUUUCGACCACUCUAACUACUCAAGUCAAAAGUUCUGACUACUCUAAGUGAGAAGUUCAAGGAGAAGUUGUUAUAAUCUGAAAUGGGUUUCUUUCAUGUUCCGGGGUUUUAGGUAAAGGUUUUAGGUGAAGGGAUUAUAACCGGAUCAAAGUGUGAUCGUCCAUUUUGUCCAUGUUCCCUCUUCCUCCAGCCGGUGAUCAGCUUAGACGGGAGCAUCUCAUACACCUUCACCAGCGAGGGAAUGAACACUGUUACGGUCCAAGUGUCUUCAGCCAACACCAUUCUGCAAGACACCAAGAAGAUAGCAGUCCAAGGUAAGGAUCAGUAUUAUCUCUCUCUCUCUCUCUCUCUCUCUCCCUCUUUCUCUCUCUCUCUCUCUCGGAUCUCCCUAAUCAAAUAAUUAUACUUGAUGUAAUGCUAAUUUGCACAUCUAGCAGCCAUCUCACUUGGUAUGCAACGUUUGAGGGUACUUUACAUUUGAAUAUGUCAGGAUAAAUGUGAAAAGGACAUUUCCCCAAUUAUCUAAGAAAGCACUUGUACGAGCAAUCAUCUCCCCUUGUCAAACCAUGAAGACACACACACACACCUCACACACACCAACAUCUCUGUCAUCUUUCCCACUCAUCAGAAGACAGUUAGAGGAGGGACACAACCAGAACGAAUGACAGUGGGGAAUGAGGAGGAUACCUUCAGAAUAAUGCACCUAGAUCAGGAGCUGAAUUAACGGUCUGUUUCUUUUUCUCCCCUGGUUCUCUCUCUCUGACAGAGUUCUUCAAAUCUCUGCUUUUAUCUUUCUCCCCUAAUCUGGACGUGUUCAACCCUGACGUCCCCGAGUGGAGACAGGAUGUGGGGAGAGUCAUUAAGAAGGCUCUGCUCCAAGUAAGUGUGAAUUCCUUCCUUCUCUCUUUUUCUCCCUCUCUCUCGUAUCUUUCUAUCCACUCAGGCGCUUCGGCGUUGGCCCUCGGGCUGUCCUGUGAUUCUUUAUCACACAGGUGUGUGAGGCUCGGCUUCUUCUUCCUCCCUCGAUGCAGCUUGAUGAGCACUAAUAACUUAUUUUCAGAAGUUGGAGCGAUGAAAUGCGUUCUUCGGAAUAAGCUUGGAAUGAAGGCGAUCUUAGCCAUUACCGGGGCACUGGAUGUGCGUAGUAUCUGCGGAGGAGAGCUAACGCUAAUAUGACAUAGUUAAGUGUGUUAUUCUUCCACUUCGAGUGGAGGUUUAGGCCUAUGUCGUGCGACUUGUGGUCUCUGUGUCUUCACCAACUACACAGUGGAUUUGACAUGAGAGGCGACUCAGGCGAGCUAGGCUGAGAGCCAGUGGAGGGAGCUACUGUGAUAGAGGUCAGGGUGAGCUUUGUGACGGAUAAAUUGCACUUUGUCACCUGGGAGCAACAUACGCUGUAUUCGGAAAGUAUUCAGGCCCCUUGACAUUUCCACAUUUUGUUUCGUUACAGCCUUUUCUAAAAUGGAUUAAAUCUAUUUUUGUCCUCAUCAAUCUACACACAAUACCCCAAAAUGAUGAAGCAAAAAUAGGUUUUUAGAACUUUUUGCAAAUGUAUUAAAAAUACAUUAAAAACAGAAAUAUCACAUUUACAUAAGUAUCCAAACCCUUUGAUAUGAGACUCGAAAUAUAGCUCAGGUGCAUCCUGUUUCCAUUGAUCAUCCUUGAGGUGUUUCUACAACUUGAUUGGAGUCCACCUGUGGUAAAUUCAAUUGAUUGGACAUGAUUUAGAAAGGCACACACCUGUCUAUAUAAGGUCCCACAGUUGACAGUGCAUGUCAGAGCAAAAAGAACAAGCCAUGAGGUCAAAGGAAUUGUCCGUAGAGCUCCGAUACAGAAUUGUGUUGAGGCACAGAUCUGGGGAAGGGUACCAAAACAUGUCUGCAGAAAUGAAGGUCCCCAACAACACAGUGCCCUCCAUCAUUCUUAAACGGAAGAAGUUUGGAACCACCAAGACUCUUCCUAGAUCUGGCCGCCCGGCCAAACUGAGCAAUCGGCGGAGAAAUGCCUUGGUCAGGGAGGUGACCAAGAACCCGAUGGUCACUCUGACAGAGCUCCAGAGUUCCUCUAUGGAGAUAGGAGAACCUUCCAGAAGGACAAUCAUCUCUGCAGCACUCCACCAAUCAGGCCUUUAUGGUAGAGUGGCCAGACGGAACCCACUCCUCAGUAAAAGGCACAUGACAGCCCGCUUGGAGUUUGACAAAAGGCACCUAAAGGGCUCUCAGACAAUGGGAAACAAGAUUAUCUGGUCUGAUGAAACCAAGAUUGAACUCUUUGGCCUGAAUGCCAAGCGUCACGUCUGGAGAAAACCUGGCACCAUCCCUACGGUGAAGCAUGGUGGUGGCAGCAUCAUGCCAUGGGGAUGUUUUAGCACCAGCCAAUUGAAUUGUGUUGAACUGAGGGGCACACUCAGUUAUAGAAAGCCAUAGCUCUAGCUUGAGUUAUUAAUUGCUAGGCUCAAUAGAGUGUUACAGCAAGUAUUUUCAUACAGAAAGUUUUGUUAUACAACCUUUUAUUACCUAAAGUAAAUACAUUAAACGGUAUAUGGGUCUCAGGUCUCUAUUGAGUUUAUGAACACUAGUUAACAUUUACAUAUGCAGUUUAAUGCUAUCAAACCAUCCCUCCUUUCAUUCUUUCACCCUUUCUCUGAAAGGAAAUCAUUGUAAGACAUAUUCAUCCAUGUACUGCUAGAGUUGGUUCAUAGCCUAGAUAUUGUGCAACAACCGCCAUACAAAGUGUUAUUACAUUUUUUUCUUCAUUUAUUUUUAUCUUUCUGCGGUUCGCAUUCAGUUCAUCAUGUGUCAAGGUAAACAUCUCCCCUAAUAAAGUGAAGACGAUUAGAAGGAAAAGGGGCAUCAACAUCGCAGUUAAAGUAAGGUUCCAUUAAACUGCAGUGUUGCUGUGCUACAGUACAGCUCUAUGGCUGACAAUAGUGAGAGCCAGGCAGGGCUGCACUUUUGCUCCUCAGCUGAUUCCAACCCACCACCUAAUAGAGGUUUGAAUGGGGAGCUCAGUAAUAGAGGCUAUUUGAAGUUAUUUUCAGAAGUCAUUCCAUCUUCGGUUUCUCCGGCUUCUUCUUUACUCCACUUGCGGUACAUGGAAGAUGGCAGAAGACUCCCUCUCAGGUUCCAAUCAAUCAAUCAAUCAAAUUGUAUUUAUAAAGCCCUAUUUACAUCAGCAGAUGUAUACAGAAACCCAGCCUAAAACCCCAAACAGCAAGCAAUGCAGAUCUAGAAGUACGGUGGCUAGGAAAAACUAGACAGUGACUGUCUGUAAAUUCAUAUAAUUUUGUAUGUUUCGCGGAAGCCCCCCGCUGGUUUCACCGCCACCUGUUAAUGCACCUCUCAGUGUGGUGCAAGAGGUUAACAUGUCAUCUUUUUUCCCCAAGAGAGUGCACUGCUUCUGGGCAUCUACUUUUCUCUCUCGCCCCCCCCCCCCCCCCCCCCCCCCCCCUUUCCUUUCCUGGGUAACGACGGUACUUUACAUCAGAUAAUAAAAUUAUAGUUAUAGGUGAAUCAUCAUAACCUAUUUAUCACAACAAUGUUGGAAAUAAUGCACUAUGGAAGGAGUUAUGAAGAUAGAAUAACCCAGUAUCAUCAUAGUUCAUAGUUACGGUCAAGUUCAAGAUGAAUGAAAAACUGAAUCCACAUCAUGGUGUGUUUACAACAGUAAUUAGUAACUGACCACUGUUUAUUUAGCUUUGCAUACAGUAAGAUUGUGAGGAAGCUGCUCCAAAAGCCUUUGCUGUUCAAAUAUUAAAGCGUCAAGAUAAAGCCUGGCAGACGUGUUUUUUCAGCCACAUUUGAGCUUGGCCAAAAUUCCCUCCUAAAAGCUCACUCAUCUGACUCAGUCUGACUCACCUUCUCCCCUCCCUUAACCCAAAUCAGAUGUUUCACUCCAGCCAAUGAGUUUUAGGGGACAUAAAAUGCCAGUGCUACCCAAGCACACAGAGCCAGAAGGCUUUUUAGACUAAUGAGUGAUCGCAAAGAGAACAAACCGGCCUGAGUGUAUUGAUUUUUACAGGGGCUAUUGUAUCCCAUCCCCUUCCCUAUCCCUCUCCUUUGCUUCUAUCCCUCUUUACUCUCAUUGUGAGUCAUUCCUUUGCUCUCUAUUUGUCCACUAUUUUGCUACUCAAAUACUAUUUUUAUGCUUGAUAAUUAAUGUGCUUCAAGUGUAUGUGACUCGCCGACUACGGAACUCCAUUGUCUGCCGAUAGCCCCAUAGAGAACCCAUUAAAACAUGAAUGGCUUUUAAAAUGGGCACUGAUUACCGGUUGGAACCCCCUGCCUCAUAGGUGGUCUGAAGUGGAAAAAGGCCAUUAUAAAGAAAAAACAUUUAAUAGUAGCUAUUUUGAAGACCUGGAAAAACAGUUGGUUGGCAAGACCUACUUUUCCCAUCAAGAAAGAAAUACACUUUCGUGAAAAAAAUGGCGGUUGAGAUAAGAAAGUCCUAUUACUGUUGGAUUAUCAUCUAUUGGUUUGAUGACAUAUUGUAUCAUUGUUUACCUGUAGGUUGUACUGGGUUAUCAACACAUGUUGGUCAAGCCCAAAACUAUUUCGUUGUCACCUCCCUCUCCUUUGAUUUCAAACAUGUUAAAUAUGUAUAUACUCUAAGAGCAUUGUUUUUGACUGUAGACAAAGAAUACUAUACCAGUAUGAACACAUUGUAACAGUACUGUCCAUUGUCAACAGGUGUCAGACUUUCCAAAGGAUCAGCUAUUGGUUGCAGUGUUUCCAGGUGUGCCAACGGCCGCUGAGCUCCUCCUGUUACCACACAAGAACCAAUCAGAGGGCAGGAAAAAGAGUGAGGAGGAGCUAGAGCAGGUAUGGGACAGUUAGAUUGGACACUGACAUUUUGAGUGUCAUUGUAAUUCUGUCAUGGCAUAUAUGACUAAUUGUUUCCAAUCCUUCACGUAAAUUCACCCAAUAGGAUAAUUACAUUGUCAUGGCUAAAAUGACACACAUUAAUUCUACGCGCCCGAGUCUGACAAUUGAGAUAACUGAACCAAUGUGGUGGGUGUCAUGACAAGAUGGCAAAUAUUAUUUAAAUAUGCAGCGUGUGAAUUGAAAGAGCUGUAAAUGGUGACAAUUGUUUAACUAAAUUAUGCUUCUUUCAUCUCCUUCAAGAGAUCUCUGAGAUACUUGCCAGCGCUCUCAACCAGAAUCUGGUGGAGUUCGAGCUAAAGCCAGGAGCAAGAGUAAUCGUUUACAUCACACAGCUAACUUUGGGUAAGGAAAAAAGUUAGUAUCAAGAUAAUUACAUAAAUUAACUGUAUGUACUUGCAUGAGAAAUCAAAAUGUUCUCUACAUAUUCUCCUGUUUUUUAACUGUUUUUGUUUCUUUUUGUGAUGUCAUAAAUGCAAUGUCAUUUACUGGAGAUAAUGUCUUCAUAAGCCAUAUUUGGAUAGCAUAAUAUGUUUGUUUGUCACCAUCCUGGGUGUAUGAAGAUUGGAGGAGGACAUGGGAGGAAAGGGAGGAUGGAUUUUAUUUUAAGUGGAAAUCCUUGAGACAACGGAUCUUUUAUAUCAAUACGCCCAACAUCUGUUCACUGUCUUUUACAGCCAUCCAACCACAAAAUGAGUGUUGCGCUGAGUAUAAUUAUGUUGAUUAUUUAGUCCUUGGGAAGUUUGGUUAUAAAUGCAUGCAGAAAUCAGAAUCGCAUAAAAAGAAUCAUCAACAUUACACCAGUUUGAGUGUUGGCUUGAAAUGAGACAAAUAAAUAAAUACUCUUGGCUGCAAUUAAAAUGAUUUGCCAGUGUCCACCCAGAAACAACACAAAACCUGCUUCACAAUGGAAAAUAUUUGUGUGUGUGGGUGUGUCACCUCAGAAAAGGUGGGAAGAGCCUUCAAGCUGCUUCAGAAAGGUCAUCGACAUCACAGAGCUGGGGCUGGAAAAUAUACAAAGUAGAAAAUAUACUGUGCUCUACCUUUGAUAAAAUAUAUUAAUAUUCAUUUCAAAGUCAAUGUAAUACCCCAGAGAGAGGGUGAGGUGGAGGUGUUGAAUAGGAUAAUCAGCAUCACACACUUCCAGUUUAUUCCACAGUAAGUGUUGUAAAAGGCUAGUUUUUACCAUAAUUUAGCAUUUACCUCAGAAUAUGAAUGUUGCUAUGCUUGUUUUAAGCAGAUGGGUUUUAGUUGGAGGAAAGGAAACCAUUUAGAAAUAGCAAUUUCACACUACCGCCGUCUUUUGAAUCUGUGAAAUUAUAAACAGGGCAGGUUCUCAUAAUGCACUAUCAUUGCCGUGGAUCUACCCAUAAUCCAUAGCCGGAUUUAUUUACUGUUGCAUAAACUUGGUGGCGAAGUCGUCCCUUGUCCCAGCUCUGUUGUUUUGGGCCUAGACUACAUCAUCACACAUAUCAGACAAAAUAAAUGACAUUUGUUGCUGUAUACGGGCCACUGGAAGGGAAUCGUUUUUUGACAAUGUUGUGGCUCCAAAACAAAACUUUAUUGUACACUGUGGUCCUGUAUAAUACAAUUUUGUUUUAAACUAAUUGAUUCAAGUAAAGCAUAUGCAUUGAAUGUACAGCCCUACUGUACCAGACUAUUGCGAUGCAAAAAAUAUAUCUCAACUGUACCCCAUGGUUGUUAUUGGUGAUACAAUACAGUAUAGGAUCAAUUGUGGCAAUGAAGCAAGAAAAUCUCCAAGGCAAUCCCAGAUUAGCCUUUAUUGUGUUGCUAUGUUCUUGUUAUGUUUAACGUUGGUCUUCCUCUACCCUCUGUUACAGCACCCUUGGUGGAUUCCAGCCCGAGACACAGCAGUUCAGCCAUGCUGAUGCUCCUAUCAGUAGUAUUCCUGGGUUUAGCAGUGUUUCUCAUCUACAAAUUCAAGAGGUAUGUACAGUACUGUAUGAUUAUAUCUUUGUACACUGUAUCGCAGCACUGCUGUAAUCACCUGACAUCAUCAUUAAUAAUGCAUAUUAUAAUAAUAUGCUAGAUUGAUAGGGCCUGCAUAAAUGAACGAUGAACUAAUGACGUUCCUUUGAAAUAACUUUUCAAAUUAUUCUGUAGAUGUAGUAAACCGAUUUAGAGUGAUUUGGAUGCAUGAGGCACAUGUGUGAAUCAGUGAUGAUAUGUUAAGAAAACUAUCAUUAAAUUGCUUAAUAUGCUGUUGCCGUACUUUGGCUGUUAGUAGCUGAAUUAUUAAAUGAUGGAAAAGUCUGCGGAAAACGCAUCAAUUAUGGAUAUAGAAUUUCCCACAUUAAUCUAAAGAGGAAACAGAUUUAUUGAAAUGUCACAUACAACAAAGCAAAACAAUUAAAUAACAAAAUUACUUGUUGAUUAAACACAUUUCUAAUCAUAAAUAUCAAUGGGGAAAGAUUUUUCAGAGAUUAUGCAAAAUGUAUAUGCAUUAGGAUUACAGUUUUAUAUAACUACUAGACAUUGAUGUCAAAUGGGAAUUUAAUGAUGGAUAGAUGAAGAUUUUCAUAGUGAGUUCAUGAUAAUAACAUGUGCAGGGGUUAAUUUAGUCUUGUCAUCAUACCAACUCUGAACGAAAACUGUAAUAUACAUCUUUGAGAAAUGUUGCCAAUGGGACGGACCAUCAUUGAAUAGUCAUUCUCUAUUGUAACAUGGCUGUUGUCUGUCUACAUUUACCAAUCUACAGAAAAAUCCCCUGGAUUAACAUAUAAAAAUGAAAAAAAGUAUUUGAUCCCCUGCUGAUUUUGUACGUUUGCCCACUGACAAAGAAAUGAUCAGUCUAUAAUUUUAAUGGUAGGUUUAUUUGAACAGUGAGAGACAGAAUAACAACAACAAAAUCCAGAAAAACCCAUGUCAAAAACGUUAUAAAUUGAUUUGCAUUUUAAUGAAGGAAAUAAGUAUUUGACCCCCUCUCAAUCAGAAAGAUUUCUGGCUCCCAGAUGUCUUUUAUACAGGUAACGAGCUGAGAUUAGGAGCACACUCUUAAAGGAAGUGCUCCUAAUCUCAGCUUGUUACCUGUAUAAAAGACACCUGUCCACAGAAGCAAUCAAUCAAUCAUGCAAGAUCUCACCUCGUGGAGUUGCAAUGAUCAUGACAACGGUGAGGUAUCAGCCCAGAACUACAUGGGAGGAUCUUGUCAAUGAUCUCAAGGCAGCUGGGACCAUAGUCACAAAGAAAACAAUUGGUAACAAACUACGCCGUGAAGGACUGAAAUCCUGCAGCGCCCGCAAGGUCCCCCUGCUCAAGAAAGCACAUAUACAGGCCCGUCUGAAGUUUGCCAAUGAACAUCUGAAUGAUUCAGAGGAGAACUGGGUGAAAGUGUUGUGGUCAGAUGAGACCAAAAUCGAGCUCUUUGGCAUCAACUCAACUCACCGUGUUUGGAGGAGGAGGAAUGCUGCCUAUGACCCCAAGAACACCAUCCCCACCGUCAAACAUGGAGGUGGAAACAUUAUGCUUUGGGGGUGUUUUUCUGCUAAGGGGACAGGACAACUUCACCGCAUCAAAGGGACGAUGGACGGGGCCAUGUACCGUCAAAUCGUGGGUGAGAACCUCCUUCCCUCAGCCAGGGCAUUGAAAAUGGGUCGUGGAUGGGUAUUCCAGCAUGACAAUGACCCAAAACACACGGCCAAGGCAACAAAGGAGUGGCUCAAGAAGAAGCCCAUUAAGGUCCUGGAGUGGCCUAGCCAGUCUCCAGACCUUAAUUCCAUAGAAAAUCUGUGGAGGGAGCUGAAGGUUCGAGUUGCCAAACGUCAGCCUCGAAACCUUAAUGACUUGGAGAAGAUCUGCAAAGAGGAGUGGAACAAAAUCCCUCCUGAGAUGUGUGCAAACCUGGUGGCCAACUACAAGAAACGUCUGACCUCUGUGAUUGUUUUGCAGAGGGGUCAAAUACUUAUCAAAUACUUAUUUCACUCAUUAAAAUGCAAAUCAAUUAAUAUCGUUUUUGACAUGCUUUUUUCUGGAUUUUUGUUGUUGUUAUUCUGUCUCUCACUGUUCAAAUAAACCUACCAUUAAAAUUAUAGACUGAUCAUGUCUUUUGUCAGUGGGCAAACGUACAAAAUCAGCAGGGGAUCAAAUACUUUUUUCGCUCACUGUACGCAGAGGUGAACCAGGAGAAAGAGCAGGAGAUGAUCGGUUCGGUCAGCCAGAAUGACAGCACGCCUAAAUCACCCUCAGUGAGAAGGAGAUGGACGCCAGGGUUAAACGUAAGAUACAUAGUCUGACAAAUCGUUGUUUACUCUGUUAUUAGCAAGUUACUGAUUUGGUGACUUUGAACUUCCUUGUUGAGAAAGAUCCACCAAUUUUACACAUACAUUGUCCAAACUAAUUAUAUUGGACUAGAACACAUAUGGGUCAUAUCUCCGUGUAUAACAAUGUUGACUUUUGACCUGCAGUGUAUACACUACAUAGUGUUUAGAAAGUCUACAUUGUUUCUUUACAUGGAAUUAACUGGUAGGAAAAAGGAGGAGUACUGUAUCUUCAGAAGAAAACAAGGAAACAAACUAACGAAUGGGUCAGCCACUAAUGUCCCACACAUGAAACAACAGCUUAAGAGCUUUUGAUAAGACAAUGUAAUCAAACCCCAGUAAUUAACAGGCCGUAUCAAUGUCCAAGUAGUUAUUUGUUUCACAGGCAUCAAAGCCUCUACUAACAGUGGACUAACCCACAUUGUUCUUAUGUUGUGUUUUUUUUCCUCUCUACCCCAGGGCGAAUUGGAAAUGCCUGCGAGAGCACAAGGGAGAUUCCUAA